AUUAAUAAAUAAAAAAAAAAUUAAACUAAUCUAAUAAAAAUGAAUAAGAAAUUGUUUGUUCUUUUAAUUUCAGCCCUUCUCUUAACAACAACUUUUGCUCAAGAAGAAAAAUAAAAAUCUGAAAAAGCUUACGAAGAUCUUCUAUCUACCUAAUUAACUAUUAUAGAGUUGAGAUCAGCUGCUAAAAAUGCUAAGAAUUUAUAGUAAGCUCUUGAAGUUCUUUAAAAGAUUAAAGAUGCUAAAAAUUAAACUUUAGAAACUGCAGCUGCUAUACUAAAGGCUCAUGAAGACUUUUAAAAAACACUUGAAAAUUAAGAAAAUGAUCUUUAAAAUUUUGAGUAAGAAGUUAAAAAUUAUGAGGAAGCUUUAUUAAAAGCAGAUAAUGAUGAUGAUAAAAAAACAUUAAAUGAUAAAAUUGAAAAUGCUAAUAAGAGUAUCUAAACUCUUAAAUAAACAAUUGAAGUCAAUACAGAGACUUCUUCUGAAAUUCGCAUGCUCUCUUAUUAAGCCAAAUAUGUUUCUAAAGAUAUGAUAUAAAAUAUUAAUUAAAUUGAGUAGACUGCCUAAUAAAAAAUAGAAUAGUAUACUGAUGAAGAAGAAGAAGCUAAGAAGGAUGAAGAAGCUAAGAAGGAUGAAGAAGCUAAGAAGGAUGAAGAAGCUAAGAAGGAUGAAGAAGCUAAGAAGGAUGAAGAAGCUAAGAAGGAUGAAGAAGCUAAGAAGGCUGAAGAAGCUAAGAAGGCUGAAGAAGCUAAGAAGGAUGAAGAAGCUAAGAAGGAUGAAGAAGCUAAGAAGGAUGAAGAAGCUAAGAAGGAUGAAGAAGCUAAGAAGGAUGAAGAAGCUAAGAAGGAUGAAGAAGCUAAGAAGGAUGAAGAAGCUAAGAACGCUGAAGAAGCUAAGAAUGCUGAAGAAGCUAAGAACGCUGAAGAAGCUAAGAACGCUGAAGAAGCUAAGAACGCUGAAGAAGCUAAGAAGACUUAAAAUAAGGAUAAAGAAUCUAAAGUUAACACAAAUCCUUCUUCUGGCAAGGUUAUCUAAUUAGCUUUAGCUUUUAUUGCUGUUAUACUGGCUUUCUGA